UUGAACUUAAUGGUGUUCGUGUGUGUCGCAUUGUAUUCGUUUCGUUUCAUCGUCGUCGUCGUUAGUUAGUUGCUUCCUUUUCGUUGUCGUUUAAAGUGGGUAAGAGGGAAAUGACAGAUAAAAUAUAUUUUACGUAUAACCUUCUUUGUGUUGACACUACUUGCUUGGGUAUAAAAGAAUAGACAUAUUAAAAAUGGCGUCAGUGUUGGAACAUAGUAUUUUUUUCAAUGUGUAACUUUCCGCUCGAAAAUCUUUAAUUGUAGUAAGUGCGGAUAGGUGAAAAUUCCUGUGUUGUUUCAUAUCACAAGUAAAAAAAAUGAAAGUGAUAAUCUGAUAACCCCCAUAUGAAUAAAAAACCAAAUAAUUAUCAAAACAAAAAUUUACUUCCACAAACUUUUUUUUUUAAGAAGACACUCUUUGAUAUAAUACGCAUAGUUCAUUUCGUUUCGUCAGCGAAAGAUUCGUGGAAAUUAAAAAAAAAAGAUGAAAAUUCAAUAAAAGACAAGUGAACAAGAGUGAGAUGGGGAUAUGAAUUUCUAGAGAAAAGAAAUAUUUUUUUUUUCAUCAUAUAAAAAAAAUCGAUAUGUGGCUUCUGAAUUGAUUGCUUGUGAUUACUCAAUUGAAAAAAAAAUAUUAAACAAUAUUAAAAACAAUUUAAAAAAAAAAAUAAAUUAGCGAGAUUCCAUCAAGAAAACAAGAGACUACAAGAUGUGUGCAGCACAAAGUAACCCCCAAUCGAGCUACGGCUACACUUGGAACUUCGCAGACAGUUCUCGUGCUGAUUCUGUAGUUGAAAUAUCGCCCAAUAUAAACUAUACGGUCAGCAGCGAUGCGAUGCCAUAUCUUUUUACUGAUGGAUCAUUGACCCUUCAGAAAGAUCUUAAAGGAACUUUAACAACAAACAAAGGAAGUGUUGUUCGCCGAAUGUUUGUGGUCAAUGAGCCAUUCACGAGUGGAACUCAAAGAGUAAUAACAACAGGUGGUGGUUCAACUGUUGUCAAAAAACAGGAACAGCAACAAGUGUUAAGCAUCAAUUGUGAUAAGAAUUAUGUUUUACUUCCAGAUCUUCUCGUAGACCAAUCUGAUCAAAACCAUUCCAUUGGAAAUGGUAUUGUUGAUACAAAAACCCAAACUAUUCUGACUACAACAACAGCAGGAAAAACGCACUUCAGCCCAAUAGGACCACUGCAUCUAACAGCCGAAGAAUGUAAUGAAAUUUUAAUGAAGCGUGCGCUAGCAGCAUCGCAAAGUCACACCACCAUUACAACAACAGAUGGCCAAACAGGUGAUAUUAUACCUGGCAUGUCUGUACAUGUGCAAAAAGUUAUCCAGGGACUGGAAGAUACCGAGGAUUCACAAGACAACUCUCCGAAUUGUAAAUUGGAGCCAAACAUGGAAAUAUCUCCUAAGACAGAACUUCAGGAUUCGAAUGACCAGACUAUAAAUCAAGCGGUCAAAGAAAGACCUUACAGUUGUGAAGAAUGUGGGAAAUCGUUUUUACUAAAACAUCACUUGACCACUCAUGCUAGAGUUCAUACAGGAGAACGGCCUCAUGUGUGCGUUCAUUGUGGGAAAAGUUUUGCCCAUAAACAUUGUCUUAACACACAUUUGCUGUUGCAUUCGACCGAACGUCCUUAUCAAUGUUGUGAGUGUAAGAAAAGCUUUACACUCAAACACCAUCUUCUCACACAUUCAAGAGUUCAUAGCAGAGACCGACCAUUUGUGUGCCAAGAAUGUGGUCGAGCCUUUCCUCUUAAAAGGCAUCUAGUAACUCACAGCAAAUUCCACGCAGGAGAGAGACCAUAUGUGUGUGAAGAAUGUGGCGAGAGUUUUGCCCAAGAAAAUCAUUUAAUAAUGCACUCACGCUUUCACGGAUCGGUCAAUCCCUUUGUUUGUCCAGAUUGCGGAGUUACUUUUCCCAGAAAAUUUCAACUGGUUAAUCAUGGUAGAAUUCACGGAAAAGUUCCACAUGCUUGUACUGUUUGUGGAAAGGAAUUUCUUCAAAAACGCACAUUGGUUUCCCAUAUGAGAAUACAUACUGGAGAUCAACCUUACCCAUGCACUGGCUGUGGAGAUGGGUUCCAAUCGAAAGCGGAACUGAAUCAGCAUAUUCGUGUGGCUCAUGGUGGAGUGAAUCCCAAUUCGGCCCAUACUACUAUUGUUCCAACUAAUACGGUAGUGACGACAACAAACCAUAAUGCCAAUCAGAUUCAGGUAUCUUAUAUUCAUCAGACGCAACAACAACAUCAUCAUCAGCAGCAGCAACAACAGCAACAACAACAGCAGCAGCAACAACAACAACAGCAGCAACAACAACAACAACAGCAGCAACAACAACAGCAGCAGCAACAACAACAACAGCAGCAGCAGCAACAACAACAACAACAACAGCAACAACAACAACAACAACAGCAGCAACAACAAACACAACCUCAAACGAUAACAGUAGUUAGCAACCCCAACAAUUCUGCGUUGUUAACCGUAACAUCUAAUGAUAACAACUCAGGGAAUAGACCACAAUUUGCUUGUCGAGAAUGCGGAUGUGCCUUUAACAGUAAAGAAGCAUUGGCACUUCAUUUGCGAUUACAUACAGGUGACAAAAAUCUAAUGACCGAUUUGUGUGCGUUGACAGCAGCAUUACCAGGCCAUUACUUAAAUACUACAAAUCUUAAUCAAGCAACCGUUGUAGCCGCAAAUCCAAACAUUGUUUCUCAAACUGCUGUUCCAGUGCAAAUAAUAUCAUCAACCGGUCAAGUUGUAAGUCAGACAACUAUGGUGCAAAGUGCUCCCCAACCACAAACUAUAGUAACUGCAGUGCAGGCGGCUGCUCCACAACAGCAAAAUGCUACAAAACCCAAAAGUCAUUUUUGCAACAGUUGCGGGAAAGGAUUUGCUGCUAAACACGGUUUAUUACAGCACAAUAGAAGGCAUCCUAAUGGGGGUUGUACUGUACGAACACACGUAUGUGAUUGCGGCAAGGCUUUCUUCCAAAAGAACCACCUUAUGCUUCAUCAGCGUCAGCAUUUAGAAACAAAACCCAGCGGCAUUUCCCAACAACAGGAUGUUAUUCAACAGCAACAAAGCCAAGUGCAACAGCAGCAAAUAUCGCAACAGCAGUCGCAGCAACAACAACAAACCCAACAGCACCAAACGAUGACAAGGGAAGUUUUAAUUGGUAAUCAGGCACUCCACGUGCAGGUCUUGCAGGGUUCAAAUACAGCUCAAGUGAUUAAAUAUGAAAUAAACAUACCGCAGGAGGGUCAAACAAUUGAGUAAUGUUAAGAUACAAACUAACAUUCUAAAUGUAUCGGGUUAUAAAUUUAAUUAAGUUAGGACAAAAAAUGCAUAUUAGCAAUCAAUUAACCAACAAAAUGUAUGCAAAAAAAUAAGAAGAAGAUUAUAAAUCUUCGCCGUAGGUUUAUAUUAUAUAUAGUUGCUUUAUUGCAAAAAUAAAAACGAAAAUAAAAUUACCUUAGUAUUAAGCUGUACUAUACAAUUUAACAAAAUACAUAUUUGUAUUUUGAAAAAAAAAAAAAAAUAUAUAUAUUAAUAACUAAUAAUAUAAUCAUAUAAAUUGACGGAUGUAAAUAUACGAGUACGGUGAAAUUUAUAAAUUAAUAAAAAAAAAAAAAUAAAAAAUCGAUAUCAUACACAGAACCGGAACGAUAUAAAAUUAAGGUACAUUUUAGCGAUGUGACACUUUAAUUUUAAACACAAAUGAAAACCAACUGCUCGUUCUUUAGAACAGCAUCUUUCAGUGAACUUUUGUUGGGUGUUGCAGAACUCGUUGUUUUUUCUAUACUAUUCUGUUUUUUUUUUUACUUUGCCUAAAUUUCUGGAUAUAAAUAAAUACGUUUUAGUUCUUAAUUGACAAACACCAAAAAUUUAAAUUGAUCCAAUUUUGUUUAGUUAAUUCUUUUUAAAGGUAUUUCCGCUCAAUUCAUGCUUAAAGUUUCCAUUAGUUUUACCCAGAAAUUUCCACAUAAAACCCAUAAGUACUUUUGAGUAUUUAUGUACUAGUUGUUUUAGGUGGAUUCUAAUUUAAUAUUCGGAAACGAUUAACGAAUUAGUUUUUCAAAAGACUGCUUCCGGAAACUUCUUGACACUAAGAAAACCAAUGUUUUCAACAGUUUUUCUCUUUUGUUGAAAGUGUGUAACCUUCUGUUGCAUUAUAUAUAACUACAUAAUACUAUUUUUGGUUGUUAAAUAUUUAAAAUAUUUCUAUUAAUUAUUCAAAAAUACUGUGAACAAAUUGGAGGAAACGGCGAGUUAACAUAGCCCUUCAUCUCUUAUACAACAUUUAUUUUAUAUAUUUUUGUAUUGCUUUUUCAAUUAUUCACCAAGCAAUUCUUAUAGAAGUUGACAAGGAAAAUAAAAAAAACAUAUUAUUAUUAUGAAAUACUUUUUUAUGUCAAAUUUUUAAUAAGUUAGUGGUAACAUUAUAGAAUUAAGAACUUCAAGUUUAAAAACUUAAAAAAAAAAUAAAAUAAAAUAUAUUUGUAUGUAUAUAGAGAAACAUAUUUAUAUAUUAUGUAAAAAAAAAAUACACAUGUUCUACUAUACACAUCCAUCUACGUAUACUUUUAAAUAAAACGACAUUUUAAAUUUGAUAUGAAUUAGAUAUUAAUGUAAUCCGAAACAAUAGACCAAAACAUACGAUUGCGCAAUUUUUGGUUGGUCACAUAUUUUAAUUUAGUUAUAAUUUAAGUUGAAAUUUUUAUCAAAAAGUCGAUCUGGCGAUAUUAGAAUAAAGCUGUUGAUUUUGCAAAAAUA